UUACCUCAUCUUGAGACGCGACACGGGUUGAUUACUUUCGCUUUGCCCUGUUUCGCUAAAAAAAGCUGCCACAAUGAACGCAGCAGUGGUUAAAAAGACACAAGACACCCUCGGAAAAGUGAUAAAGAAACCCCCUUUGACGGAAAAACUGCUUAGCAAACCACCAUUUCGAUACCUGCACGACAUCUUCAGUGAGAUCAUCAAAACCACCGGCUUUAUGAGGGAGCUGUACAAGGAGAGUGAGUUAAAGUCAGAUAAUGUUAAGGACAAAGAGAGUAAGAUGGCCUUCCUUCAGAAAGCGAUCGAUGUUGUAGCGUUGGUUAGUGGAGAGCCCCUUGCAGCAAAGCCAGCAAGGAUUGUGGCCGGUCAUGAGCCUGAGAAGACCAACGAGCUGCUGCAGGCUAUCGCCAAGUGCUGCCUUAACAAGAUGUCCAGUGAGGAGGCAGUGAAACGAGUGCUUUCUGGAGAGAAGGUGGACUUGAAGACCAAGGCCAGCACAUCCAAGUCCCAGGAUAAAGAGAAUCGAGCUAGACGUGAACAGCAGUCAUCUGAAAGAGAGGGGAAGAAGAAGAUUGAGCGCAGUAGGAGCAGAGAAGAUAAGGACUCGGACAAGCCCCCAGAGCAAGAGAGACAACUUAAAGAUGGUGAGCAAGAUCACCGCCACAAAAAGGAGCGUUCUGGCAAAAACCACAACCGUGAACAAGACCAUGCCAAAGAUGCUGAAAAAGACAAAAGCAGUGACCGAGGACAAGACAAAGGAAGAGGAAAAGACCAAGAGCAGGACUUAGAUCUCAGAAGAGAGAAAGACAAGAGCAGAGACAGAGAGAGAAUCAGAGAAAGAGAUUCCCAAAGAGACCAUGAGAAAAACAAGGAAAAACUACGAGGAAGAGACAAGGACAUCGAAAGACGCAAAGAAGGGGAAGACAAGACUAGGAGUAAAGACAGACACCAUGCAAAUAGCAAGGAUAGAUUAUCAGAACUUCAACCCAAAAAUGUUGACGACGAUCUCAGGAAAACGGUAACAGCUGAUCCAGUGCCAGCUGACGAGCCUGCAGAGAAAGUUGAAAACCAGUCUGAAAGUCCAGCACGAAUACCCAGACCGUCAUCCGCCAAAGGGCAAAGAAGGAAACCUAGAAUUGACGGACGAGAGGAAUCUGACAGUGAAGGAGACACAAAGGAGGCACAGGGACCUGUCCCCAAGGAAAGUGGCGAAGCAGGUUCCACAUUUUCAUCUGAAAUGGCAUCCAGCAGUAAGCGAAUGGCGCGCCCCAGCAGCGCUCGUCCUGCUCCUCCUCCAGUUAAGAAACAGGACGAUCUUACUGAGGCAGUGCCAGCUGAAAGGGUUCCUAGUGCCAAGUUAUCAGUAAUCCGAGAUGGAAAGAAGCAAUCUGACGAUGAAGAGGAAGAUGAGCAGUUUCUUGUGGCAGAGGCUGCUCCUGAACCUGAUAAGGAGUUGAGCCCUGCACGAGACCCUAAUGUUGAAGAAAAACAUGGUGGACUUGUGAAAAAGAUUCUGGAUACCAAAAAGGACUACGAGUCAAUCCCAUCCUCCAAAAAAUCUAAAGAGAAGUCGGUGUCAGAAGAAGAGCGGAAGAAAGAGCAGGACCUGGUAACACGAGAGAUUGAGCGUCUUCGGGCGUCCAUCCAGUCGGUGUGUCAGAGUGCGCUGCCUUUGGGCAAGAUAAUGGACUAUGUCCAGGAGGAUAUAGAUGCAAUGCAAGCAGAACUGCACAGCUGGCGGAAGGAGAACAAGGAACAUGCACAGGCUUUGCAGCAGGAGCAGAGAGCGACCGACAGAGCGUUAGAACCUCUUCAAGCGGAACUUUAUGAACUGGACCAGACGAUCAAGGAUUACCAGGACAAGAUUUGUACUGUGAGGUCCAACAUACUGAGGAAUGAAGAGAAGAUCCAAAAGAAGUUGGCAGGAAUCAUCUCAUCUUGAAGUCAGAAACUACCAUCUAAUACCUGUAACAAAACUUUUUAGAUAUUUUUCAAUGAACAUGUGGGCUUGGAUGGAAGACUUUGAUCUGCACUGCACCACCAUUCUACAAUUUUGUGCCCUUACUUUGAAAAGCAGCCACAGUAGUAAGACACCAAAUGGUCACAACAAACACUUUUUUAAUUAUCCUGUUUUUUUAUGUUUGUUUUUUCCAUUUUCGACCAUAUCUUUGACUCUGCGUCCUUACAUGAAUUUGGUUAGCUCUCAGAUAUACAGAAUGCGUUAUUAUUAUUUUCAUUAACUCAUAACAACAUAUUUUAGCAGGCGAUGCUAUUAGAAAUUAAUCAACUGAGCUCAAUACAUACAGUACAGGCCAAAAGUUUGGACGCACCUUCUCCUCAUUCAAUGUGUUUUCUUUAUUUUCAUGACUAUUUACAUUGUAGAUUGUCACUGAAGGCAUCAAAACUAUGAAUGAACACAUGUGGAGUUAUGUACUUAACAAAAAAAGGUGAAAUAACUGAGAACAUGUUUUAUAUUCUAGUUUCUUCAAUAUAGACACCCUUUGCUCUGACUACUGCUUUGCACACUCUUGGCAUUCUCUGGAUGAGCUUCAAGAGGUAGUCACCUGAAAUGGUUUUCACUUCACAGGUGUCAUAGUUUUGAUGCCUUCAGUGACAUUCUACAAUGUAAAUAGUCAUGAAAAUAAAGAGAACGCAUUGAAAAGAGAAGGUGUGUCCAAACUUUUGGCCUGUACUGUACAUAGUACAAUACCGGAGGUCACAAUCUGUUAGAGCUGUUUUGUACAGUAGUUUUAAAGGCCUACUGAAAUGAAUUUUUUUUAUUUAAACGGGGAUAGCAGAUCCAUUCUAUGUGUCAUACUUGAUCAUUUCGCGAUAUUGCCAUAUUUUUGCUGAAAGGAUUUAGUAUAGAACAACGACGAUAAAGUUCGCAACUUUUGGUCGCUGAUAAAAAAAAAAGCCUUGCCUAUACCGGAAGUAGCGUGACGUCACAGGAGGAAGGAUUCCUCACAAUUCCCCGUUGUUUACAAUGGAGCGAGAGAGAUUCGGACCGAGAAAGCGAUGAUUACCCCAUUAAUUUGAGCAAGGAUGAAAGAUUCGUGGAUGAGGAACGUUAGAGUGAAGGACUAGAGAGGCAGUGCAGGGUGUAUCUUUUUUUGCUCUGACCGUAACUUAGGUACAAGGUCUCAUUGGAUUCCACACACUCUCCUUUUUCUAUUGUGGAUCACAGAUUUGUAUUUUAAACCACCUCAGAUACUAUAUCCUCUUGAAAAUGAGAGUCGAGAACGCGAAAUGGACAUUCACAGUGACUUUUAUCUCCACGACAAUACAUCGUUGACGCACUUUAGCUACGGAGCUAACGUGAUAGCAUCGGGCUCAAAUGCAGAUAGAAACAACAUUUAAAAAAACCCUGACUGGAAGGAUAGACAGAAGAUCAACAAUACUAUUAAACCAUGAACAUGUAAAUACACGGUUAAUAAUUUCCAGCUUGGCGAAGCUUAACAAUUGAAGCUAACUUUAGCUACAGAGCGGCGGCGGGCGUUGUAGCUUUCGACGACACCCCGGCCGCCAUCAGAGUCGGCAAGAAACAUAUAUUUCCCCAAAGUUACGUACGUGACAUGCACAUAGCGACACGCACGUACGGGCAAGCGAUCAAAUGUUUGGAAGCCAAAGCUGUACUCACGGUAGCGCGUCUGCUAUCCAUCUCAAACACAACACAACCUCCUGAUUGUGUUGCUGUAGUCCGCCGCUAAUACACCGAUCGCACCUACAACUUUCUUAUUUGCAGUCUUCAUUGUUCAUUAAACAAAUUGCAAAAGAUUCACCAACACAGAUGUCCAGAAUACUGUGGAAUUGUUCGAUGAAAACAGAGCAGUUUGUAUGGUGACACAUUGGGUACGAAUACUUCCGUUGCCGUCGUGACGUCACGCGCAUACGCAUCAUACAUAGACGUUUCCAACCGGAAGUUUAGCGGGAAAUUUAAAAUUGCACUUUAUAAGUUAACCCGGCCGUAUUGGCAUGUGUUGCAAUGUUAAGAUUUCAUCAUUGAUGUAUAAACUAUCAGACUGCGUGGUCGGUAGUAGUGGGUUUCAGUAGGCCUUUAAGAGCAAUGGCAUUUAAACAUCAGGGAAUUCGUUGCAGGAAUAAUUGGCUAACAGUUGAUAGUUAAAAAGGGUUUAUCUACCCAACACAAUUGACAAUUUGAUGAUCAUGUCAAGUGUACCCACGCAAUUUAACUACUCAAAUUCAAAUUUGCUUAAUUUGUCACGGUGCACUUUGCAAAAAGAGAAGGGCAACACUGCCAGAUUCUUCAAAAGUCUCCACUAGAUUUGUGGCUAUUGUCAGUUAAAAAAAAAAAUAUAUAGAAGUGCUCAGUUGACAACACUGGUCACUCCUGCUCUGUCUUCUUAUUCUCUGGCCGACCAGGUGCGUUAUAAUGUGCUAAUGAUCCAAUUCGAUUUGGAUUUACUGGAUGGUUUCUUUAUCAAAAGUCUUGCGUACUGUAAAAUCGAAAAAAACAGGUUUUGCUGUGAAGCUCUUUUCUUUUUCUUGUUUUGUGUGUCUUCUGAUGUUUACUUUUCCCCAGCUAUGAGGUGUUUUGAAUAUGAGUAAGCAACCGACAUCGACGGGUACUACAGUUAGAAUAAUACUGCAUUUAGUACUGCAACAUGAAUUUUUUCACAAAUAUUCAACGUAUUAAGUGAGAUGUUUUCUUUCCACCAACUUCUCCUUUUAGAGCUAUAACUAAUUUGCUGAACAUGUAGUUUUUCUAUUUCUGAGAAUAUUUGCUAUAAGAUGUCUUUUAAAGCAAUAGCUUACUAAUAAUCAGUUCAAGUUAGACGUUUGGUUAGCGCAGUGCUUCUCAAUUAUUUUCUAUUACGCCCCCUCCAGAAAGAACACAAUUAUUUCGCAGCCCCUCCCACUGUCUGCUGCAACUGUAAAUAGUGUCAUUUGUCUAUAAAAUUGUUGUAAGUACACCUCUGCAUAACAUUUUAUCCUAACAUUAAAGAAAACAGACUAAAUAAAUAUAGAUACACAUAUUACAAACAAUAACCUUAUUAACAUGUUUUUCAAGUCUAUCAGAAAAUAUUUAAAGUGCAUCAAUUUGCCUAAAAAAAAAUCCUUAUUUAAACUAAAAAACUCUAUAAACUAAACAAAACAUUUUGACCCACACUUAACCUAUUGAUACUGAAAAAUACAAUGAAAUAAAUUCCAUAAAUAAUAAUACAUUAAACGUUGACUCAAAAGCACAAUGUAAGAAAAACAAUUUGUGCUGAUUUUUAAAAUGUAUUUCAAUUAAAAUGAUAACGUCAGGAUUAAUGGCCUCAAUGAGCCGGUGUUGCAGUGCACAGCUUUUUGAAGCAAAAAUGACUCUGUGAACUUUAGCUCAACUCGACUUCACUGCUUAGUGUACUGUAUGUCGUAAUGUGAAGUGUGUAUAUACAUAUAUAUAAUAUUUUAAGUACUAUCAGGUUAUCUCCAAGUAAUAAUAUUUUAAAUAGGGUUGUCCCGACCCAAUAUUGAUAUCGGAUAUCCUUUUUGUCCUCAAAAUUCUACAUACAACAGCCCAUAACGACAACGUGAAAAGUUUUUUUUAAAUUAUUUUUGCAAAUAUUUAACAAAAAUCACAUGUACAUAAAAAUCCACAGCCUUUGCUCAACACAUGUGAUUUUUUUUAGCUUUUUAUUUUAAUACAUUUGCAAAACCUAAACAAAAAACACAUUGUCAUUAUGACUGGCUUAACUAUUAAGAGAUGUGUUGUGUUUAUUUGUGUAAAUUUUGUUACAAUUUCAGAAUCAGAACAGGAAGUGAACAAAUAUGUUAGUAAUUGCUACGAUUUGGAAAAGGGGUAGGAUUAAAUAAACUUUGCUUAACAUAUGUCAUUAUUAUAUAAUGUAUCACAUUGUAUCUGUUUACAUGUUCGAAAUAAAUUAAACCACAACCAUUACGGGGUAUUGUGUGUAGCAUUUUGAGGACAAAAUUGAAUUUAUUCCAUCUCGUAAAAAGGCUGUAACAGAAAAUGUGGAAAAAAUGAAGCCCUGUGUAUUUUCCGGAUGCACUGUAAACAUCCUCUAAUAAUCACACGAAGUUUGUCUUUUCUUGUAUUUUAGUGAUGUCAUUUACAAAAAGUGAACAUGAUAAGGUAUAAGGCUGCUAGCAGCUACACAACAGCUAAGCACACAAGCGUUGUUAACUGAACAAAAUUGCUGUUAAACAACAUUUGUCAACAUAAGCAAGUAUCAAAUAAUUAUAGUUGAAAAUUGCUUACAGAUAGUCUCCAAAGCAAAACCAUAUUUAAAAGUAUCCAGUAACAAAUGUGUCCACAUCAUUCAUCUUACUGAAUCAUUUCGACCACGAGGUGAAAAACAAAUAAUCACUUCAACUUACCGACAACGCAAGUCCAUUCCACACGAUGAAUAAGUAACUAGUUAGUGUUUUUCCAUCCCUAACAUUGUUUACUCACUAAUUUCACUUUAUCAAACAUUUUAUAAUAUUCCACACUACAAAAUAAUAAUGUAUGUAUGAUUUGUGCUAUCGCAUAGGAUAAAUAUCUGCAGAGGUAUGUAAAAUGAUGUGAAUUCUUCUCUGUCUUCUCUACUUUUCUUUUGUGCUUAGAUAUAUUUUUGCAAUUGCGUCCCAGUAACAAACAUGGAAAACGUAAUCUCCUUUGUUUGUAAACGCCGAAGUUACUGCUCUCAAACUUUGAAUUACCACUUUUGUACCGCGUGGCCAAAAACCAACUGAUCAGGUUACUUCUGUCUGUAAAACGUAUGUUGUAUUUUACUCUAUUGUAUAGUUUCAGUGUAUUCCACUAGUACCAAGUGUGUGUGUAUAACAAGAAAAAAUAUAUUUUUAAUGCUAUCUCAUGGAAAUAACGUGUUUGUAGAAGAGUUCAGUGGCUUACACGUCACAUUGUGUGCAAUGAAUUUACAUAUUUGUAUUAUAAUGUACAUGUGGAUAUUGUAUUAUAGGUCAUAGAAUUCUAUGUUUUGUAGUAAAGUUAAAUAAAGCCCGAU